AUGAUCGUGGAAUCUCUGCCGUCCAUCUGGGCUUCUAUGCUGAGUUGGUACACCCCCACCGUACUUUUCGUCCUGAUCAACAUCGUCAUCGGCACCAUCGUCUUCUCCACCUCCAAACACCAAAACAAAGAACCCCGCCAGCUCAGCCGCCUCUCUUCCGUCUUCGAAAAUCUCAGAUCCUUCAAUCUCAACCAUGAAAACACCGAAGAGAUAUUUCCCCCACCAACCACAGCCCACCAACAACCCAUCGAAACCAUUGAUUAUGCUCCUACCGAAAACCAAAACAAAGUCACCCGCCAGAUAAGCCGCACCUCUUCCAUCUUCGAAAGCCUCAGAUCCUUCAAUCUCUACCGUCAAAACAGCCAAGAGAUAAUUCCUUCACCGACCUCAGACCAACAACAACCCAUCGAAACCGUUGAUCAUACUCCUACUGAAACCCAAAAGAAAGUCAUCCGCCAGAUCAGCCGGAGCUCUUCCAUAUUCGAAAGCCUCAGAUCCUUCAAUCUCUACCGUCAAAACAGCCAAGAGGAAAAGCCUUCUGUGACCACAGACCAACAUCAACCCAUCGAAACCGUUGAUCAUGCUCCUACUGAAACCCAAAAGAAAGUCAUCCGCCAGAUCAGCCGGAGCUCUUCCAUCUUCGAAAGCCUCAGAUCCUUCAAUCUCAACCGUCAAAAGAGCCAAGAGGAGAAGUCUCCUGUGACCACAGACCAACAUCAACCCAUCGAGACCGUUGAAAACAAUGAUCAUGAAUAUUUAAGGAGAAGCCAGUCUGAUAACCAUCCAACGGCUGGGAAGAGACAAGACAUGGUGGGGCAGCAGAUGAAGAAGGCAGCGAGCGCCAAGUGGGGAUUUGAGAAUACAGAAGUGGAAGGUGGGGCCCAGAGACCAGCGACGGUGAGGGAGAGGGGGACAGUGAGAAAGGAGGCCGAUGAAGAGGUGGAUGCAAGGGCUGAUGAUUUCAUAAGCAAGUUUAAACAGCAGCUGAAAUUGCAACGGUUGGAUUCCAUGCUCAGGAAUAAGGAUACGCUCAACAGUGGCAAAUGA